AAGAAAUCAAAUGAACACAAAGGAUCAACAAGGGAUGGUCAAGAAAAGACUAGCCGUUCUCGUCGGGUGCAACUACCCUAACACAAGGAACGAGCUUCACGGUUGCAUCAAUGAUGUUUUAGCCAUGAAAGAAACUAUUUUGUCCCGUUUCGGAUUCAAAGAAGACGACAUUGAGGUGCUAACGGACGAGCCAGAAUCAAAGGUAAAGCCGACAGGUGCCAACAUCAAGGCUGCUCUACGUAGGAUGGUAGAUAAAGCUCAAGCCGGAUCUGGAGACAUCUUGUUCUUCCACUACAGUGGCCAUGGAACUCGUAUUCCUUCGGUUAAAUCUGCUCAUCCUUUUAAGCAAGACGAAGCUAUUGUUCCUUGUGAUUUCAAUCUCAUCACAGAUGUUGAUUUCAGAGAAUUGGUCAAUCAACUUCCUAAAGGAACAAACUUUACCAUGAUCUCUGAUUCUUGCCAUAGUGGUGGUCUCAUCGACAAGGAGAAAGAACAGAUCGGACCCUUUUCAGUCUCCAGCAACAUAUCUCCGGACAUGGAGACAACGAAUAAGACAAUAACUUCACGUGCCUUACCCUUCAAGGCAGUUCUUGACCACUUGAGUUCUCUCACCGGAAUUACAACUUCCGACAUCGGCACACACCUACUUGAGCUCUUUGGCGGCGAUGCUGGCCUUAAAUUCCGGUUAUCUGCGAUGGAUCUCAUGGAUCUUUUGGAGACUAUGACGGCCCGUGAAAGACACGUGGAUUCAGGGAUAUUGCUGAGCGGAUGUCAGGCAGAUGAGACGUCUGCUGACGUUGGAGUUGGCAAUGGGAAAGCGUACGGAGCGUUUAGCAACGCGAUUCAGAGGGUGUUGAAAGAAAAUGAAGGUUCCGUGAAGAACAAGCAACUAGUAAUGAUGGCAAGGGAUGUGCUUGAGAGACUAGGGUUUCAUCAACACCCUUGUCUCUACUGCAGCGACCAGAACGCGGACGCAACGUUCCUGUCUCAACCUUGAAUUGGAUUUUAGUUAAUGAAUAUUGAAUCUUUGUUGUUGUUUUCUUUUAUUUGUUUUAUCACGUUUGCGUUUGGGGUUGUUGUAAAUUGAUAACUGGAAUGUGUAUUUUCUAUUCUUUGUGGUGUACUCUAAAAGGAAAAAAGACUAAUAAAACGUUGUUGAUUAU